AUGAAAUUAAAUAUAGAAUUUCUAAAAUUAAUUAUUUUGGGACCAAAUCAUAAAACUGAAGAAAACAGUAACAAUCACAAUAAUAAAGAGAAAGAUAACCACUCAAAUAUAAUUAAUAACAACAACAAUAAUAAUAAUAAUUUAAAUGUACAGUCAUCAACAUCACCAGCAGCAACAGUUGGAUCAUCAUCUUUACCUCAAGAAUCACCAUUGUAUAAUCAUCAAACCAAUAUAACGGCUACAGGUGGUGGUAUACCCGUUGUAUUAACAUCAAAAGUUGUACCAGUAUCAUCAUUUUCUUCAUCACCCAAUUCUUCGAUUCUAUCAUCAUGCUCACCAAUUACAUUUUCACCAAUUACUUUAAGUCAUCAUUUACAUAAUGAUUUCAGUUUAAAUGAUACCGAUUCAAGUAAUAAUAAUAAUAAUAAUAACAAUAAUAUUAGUAAUAAUAAUAAUAAUAAUAAUAAUAAUAAUAAUAAUAAUAAUAAUAAUAAUAAUAAUAAUAAUAAUAAUAAUAAUAAUAAUAAUAAUAAUAAUAAAUAUAAUAAUAAUAAUAAUAAUAAUAAUAAUAAUAAUAAUAAUAAUAAUAAUAAUAAUAAUAAUAAUAAUAAUAAUAAUAAUAAUAAUAAUAAUAAUAAUAGUAAUAAUAAUAAUAAUAAUAAUAAUAACAAUAAUAACAAUAUCAAUUUAACCAAUAGUGGUGGAAUUAUUAGUAGUGGUGGUAGUGGUGGUGGUACAGUAGGAGGAACAAGUAAUAUCAAUCAAAAUUCAAUUAUAUCACCAAAUUUCUUAUCACCUCGUAGUGGUAUUGCAUCUCCAUUAACUUCAUCUACCAAUAGUAAUAGUGGUGGAAUGAAUUCAAGUAAUAAUAAUUUACCAGUUAGUGGUUCAUCACCUGCAGGUUUCUUUAGAACAGCAUCAUCAAUGUUAUUAAAUAGAACAGGUAGUAGUAAUAAUAUAAAGAAAAUUCAACAGCAACAACAACUACAGCUUCAACAACAACAGCAACAACAACAGCAGCAACAACAACAACCACAUCAAACAAAUGGACAAAAUAAUCAAUUAAAUGGAUCAUCCGAUACUGGAUUUAUAAAGAAUAGUGGUGGUGGUGGUGGUAGUGGUGGUAGUAAUGGUAAACAAAAAUCAAAAAAGAGAACAUUAUUUGAAAAAUUAUAUACAGAAUCUGGUUUUAGUUCAGCAAAAUUAUGGUAUGAAAAAAAUACAAGUACUACAGAUUAUAUUAUUAAAGAGGCACAAUUUGUAGUGUUUUUAAGAUAUUUAACAGAUUUAAACAAUUAUCAAAUUUUAAACUUAUUUGAUUCACUCGAUAAGGAUGAUAUUGGAUAUAUUGGUUUUGAAGAAUUCUUUUUAUUGGUAGCAUUUUUCUCUUCAAGAGAGUGUGGUCAAACCACUAAAUUCCUGUAUCAGCAUUCAAAGGCAAUGUUUGAAAUAAUUUCAGGUGGUGAUCAAAAUUUAAAUAACUUUGGUAGUAGUGUUGGUAUUCAACAUUCACAACAACAGCAACAAUUAAAAGAAGAUCCUUUAAAUAUUGGUAAUAAUAGUGGAAAUUAUAAAAAUAAUCAUAAUGGUAUAGGUACAACUACAGGUGGAAAUGGUGAAAUUUUAAUAAAUUUCGAUAAAUUUUGUAAAUUUGGUAAUAUGAUUGGUAUACCAAAUGAUCAGAUAUUAUCCUAUUUAGAGAGAUUCAAUACGGUAAUCUUUGAUAGAAUAUCUUAUGAAAUGUUUACAUUGUUUUAUUUCGUUAUACUAGAUGAAUGGGAUAGAUCAUCUUAUCCAUUCCUAAAGAAUGUUUAUUAUGAUUUGGAUUAUAAUGAGCCAUUCGUUGUGGAAGCAUCACUCAAUGAAAAAAGUAGUAAAGAUAAAAGUAGUAAAAAAUCAUUAAAACUUUCAAAUUCUUCAUCAUCAUCAAAUAGUAGUAAUAGUAAUCAUUCUUCACCAAUUCAAUUAAAUUCUUCACCAAUUACAUCACAACAAACACCAAGAGGUUUUAAUAAUAAUAAUAAUAACAACAAUAAUAAUAAUAAUAGUUCUAAUAUCAAUAUUAUGAAUGGUAAUAAUAAUAAUGUAAUUAAUAUAAAUGGUAGCGUUGGUAAUAAAACAUUACAAUUAUCUUCACCAUCUGUAUUACAAGUGGUACCUACAUCAUCGACAAAUCAACCAACAACACCAAGAUCACAAAAUAGUUUAUCACCACCAACAGCUUCACUCAAUGGUAAUGGAAUACCAUUACAAUUACCAGGCCAAAAUGAACUUCAAGAAAGAGAUAAAUGGAUCGAUUCAUUCUAUAUUUAUAAAUUAGAUCAAUCCCUUAUAAAUUAUUUAAAGGAUCAAUUAAAUGCUCAUGGUAUAUUUAGUAUUGAGCAAACUAGAAACUAUAGUAAAGAAGAUUGGAAAAAUAUAUUUAAAAAAGAAAAAGCUCGUAAAAUAUUUAAAAAAGCUUUAGAUGAUAGAAUUCAAGCUUAUUAUCAACAACUACUUCCAUCAUCACAUCAACAACAAUCUCAACAUCAAUCUCAACAACAAUCUCAACAACAAUCUCAACAGCAACAACUUUCAUCAUCAAUACAUUCACCACAACUUCCAUCAUCACAAUUAUCACUACAACCAUUAUCAUUUCCUUCACCAGUACAAAUAUCACAAACUUCACAACAACCAAUACAAACAUCAGAACAAUUAUCACAAAUACCUCAACAACAACAACAACAACAACAACAACAACAACAACAACAACAACAACAACAACAACAACAACAACAACAACAACAACAACAGCAACAAAUUAAUUAUAAUAGUAGUAAUCAAAAUUCAAAUCAAAACUCACCGAAUUGUAUAUCACCACCAAACUCAUCACCAAUUUCAACAAGUUCAUCUUUUAAAUCAUUAAAUUAUGAUGGAAAUAGUAAUAAUGGCAUCAUUAAUAAUAAUAAUAAUAAUAAUAAUAAUAAUAAUAAUAAUAAUAAUAAUAAUAAUAAUAAUAAUAAUAAUAAUAAUAAUAAUCAACCAAUUUCAAAACAAAAGAAUCAAAUAGCAACAAAAAUAAAAAAGAAAUUAUUUUAA